AUGGCCGCCAUGCCGUCUUACCUCUACACACCUCCUUACGACCUGACCGAAGCCGUCAAUAUCGAGAGCGAGCUGGAGUUUUGCUUCUCUCUCAUGGACUCGCUGGAAGACACCGAUCCGGACUACCCCGAGACCCGCGCUCACUAUGAGCAGCACAUCAAUAGACUGACCGACCAGCUGGCCGACCCGUCACCUCCGGCUUCAGAUCAGUCGCCUGCCGAGUCGUCUGCUGUGACGCCUGGUUCUGUUACCAACUGGGGCGACAUGUCUCGCAAGCGCCCCCGAGAGCUUUCUCUCUCCGACAGCGAGCACAUGCGUAACAGUUACCCCAACAGUCCAGCCACUCCAAUGUCCCUCGAUACCAUGCCGGGCGCGUGGCCAGGAUCGAAGCGUCCGCAUCUGAGCGUCCCCCAGCGCCGCGGCGAUAUUGUCGAUCUCACAGAUGAUCGGCCGUUCAUUCACCAGCUACCCAUGCGGCCGCACCACCUGGGCUUCAGUGACCCGUUCCCAGAGCUGCUUCACGUGUACCAGCCGGUACAGGCUCAGAGCCAGCCAGCAGAUGCCUUCGUCCAAGAGGUUAUGGGCAGAGAUGAGCUUGCCGAAUUCAUGCUGACGCCAACGCCGGCCGGCGGUGGUUACGCAUACAACCAGUCUGUGCUGCCACAACGCAACGCUCUGCUUCCCCCACAGCUGAAUCUCGGAAUCCCCGGUGCCACACCCAACAACGAGGUCUACCGCAACUGGCCGACACUCUCCCUUUCCCCCUCACCAGGUGCGGACCACGAUGUCGUGAACUCGCUCAUCGAGGGCAUCAAGAGCCAGGAUCACGACGACUCUCCUCGCAAGCCGACUCCGAAGAAGAUGAGCUGUACCCUGAUGCCGCAUCAAGAGCAAGCGCUCGCCUGGCUCCUCAACAUGGAGAAGGGUCAAAGCAAAGGCAGUCUCUUGGCCGACGAGAUGGGACUUGGCAAGACGAUUGAAGGUCUCUCGUUGAUUGUAGCUAAUCCCUCCGAGAACCCAGCUAGAAAAACCACUUUGAUCGUUGCUCCUGUCGCCCUAAUGCGACAGUGGGAGAAGGAAAUCGAACGGCACAUGAAGCCGGCUCAUCAACUCCGCGUCUACACUUACCACCGAAAUGGCAGAAAGGCGGACUUCAGCGUGCUUCGCGAGUACGACAUCGUGCUGACUACGUUCAACACGCUGGCACAUGAACAGAAGAAAAUCGACACCCGAAAAGAGUCGGAGGCGAAUGACCGCGAGCGCCGGGAGCCGGAAUUCACACGCAAAGCCAAGGAUAGGCUUGGUCUUCUUGGGGCGGAGUGUUACUGGUAUCGUGUUGUCCUAGACGAGGCUCAGUAUAUCAAAAAUCGAACGACCCUUACUUCAAGGGCUGCGGCAGCUCUCCAGGCUCAGUUCCGGCUGUGCAUGACGGGCACACCUAUGCAAAAUUCUGUCGAGGAACUCUACCCCCAGCUCCGAUUCCUGCGCAUCUCUGCGUAUCAACAAUGGGCUAACUUCAACGACCACUUCGUCAAGCCUAUGAAGUCAAACAAGGACUAUAUGAACGAGCGGGGUAUGUUGCGCCUGCAAGCACUGAUCAAAUCCUUUACCCUACGUCGCUCGAAGACGACUAUCGUUGACGGACAUCCUAUUGUCAACUUGCCUCCGAAGCACGUCAACGUACGACCAGUCGAGUUUUCUGAUGCGGAGCACGAGCUGUACAAGGCUGUCGAGACGAGGUCGCAAAUUAAGCUCAAUCGUUACCUCGCAAAGGGAACGGUGAGCAACAACUACGCCAAUAUCUUGGUGAUGUUAUUACGCUUGCGCCAAAUUUGCUGCCAUCCUCACCUGGCAAACGAUCUGGGCGUGCAAGUGUCGACUGAAGGGAUUUCCGAGGAUGACUUGAAGAGCCGCGCGGCAUCGCUUGGCGAGGAUGUAGUUCACCGCCUGAAAGAGCACGACGAAGGCUUCGAAUGCCCCAUCUGCUACGAGGCCGACAUCAACCCAACCAUUAUCGUCCCAUGCGGACACCAUACUUGUGGCGAGUGUUUCCAGAAGCUAAUCGAUCCCACCCGAGCCAUCCAGGACGGCAACGAGAAUGGCGCUACGAAGUGCCCCGAAUGCCGCGGUAGCCUGAGCUCCGAGAGAAUCACCGAUUACCGGCAUUUCUGCAAAGUUUUCUGCCCGGAAAAGUACGAGGAGCUUCGUCGCGCGCUUACUGGCACCAAUGGAGAUGAUGAAGUGGGCGAAGUGAGUGAAGUGAGCGAUGACAGCGACGCGAGCGAUAGCAGCGAGGACGAGGAUGACGAAGACGUCAAUGAUCCGACCCUCGGCGGGUUCAUCGUCGACGAUGAUGAUGAUGAUGUAGACGAAGAUGUGAAGAUGGAAAACGACGCGGAGGGUUCUACUGCCACUGGUCCUCGCCGUAGCAAGAAGAAGGGAAAGGGCAAGCGCAAGGCGAAGGUCAAAGAGCAUCUCUCGCUUGCGCAACUGAAGAAGUUGUCGCUGCGAAAUCAUGAUGCUAAGAAGAGGUAUCUGAAGCUUCUCCGGAAAUCGUUCAAGAGUUCUGCCAAGAUUGAUGAGACGAUGAGGCUGCUGACCGAUAUCCAAGAGAACGAUCCGACCGAGAAGACACUCAUCUUCUCAUCCUUCACAACGUUGCUUGACCUCAUCGAGAUUCCUCUUCGGAAGAAGAAGUACCACUACCAGCGCUACGAUGGGAGCAUGAAAUUCGAUGAUCGCAUCGAAGCCGUCAACGAAUUCAUGGACAAGACGACGGAGAAUAUCAUGCUUGUUUCCAUCAAGGCUGGGAAUGCGGGCUUGAACUUGAACAAGGCUUCUCAGGUCAUCAUUCUUGAUCCUUUCUGGAACCCGUUCGUCGAGGACCAGGCCGUCGACCGCGCCCACCGCAUGCCCCAGCAGCGCGAGGUUCACGUCCAUAGGGUGCUAGUUCCCGAGACGGUUGAGGACCGCAUUUGCAAGUUGCAAGACAGCAAGCGAGAGCUCAUCAGCGCGGCGCUUGAUGAGCGUGCCGGCAAGAGCCUUACUAGGUUGUCGAUCAACGAGCUUCGCAAUCUGUUCGGCAUGUGA